ACGCAACGGCUUCUCGCGUCGAUCAGUCUGCGCGAGUCCAUGGUCGGGCAAGGGUCGGCUUUUACACUCAGUGUCGGUAAUUUCCAUAUGCCAAACCGUAAAUCACAAGAGUUAGGUAGCGUGAGCCGGCACUUGUACCACAAUACCAUUGAUAUUAAUAAUUAUUUGCUUUGUAUGGUAUACAGUGAUUUCAAGUGAAAAGAGUCAUUUGUGGUCAGACGUGGAAGAUAUCGGAUAUUUUUUACUGGUCGAGCAUCGAGCAAUUUAAGAACAAAAACGAUGAGCAUGAGAGACUGAGCGAAGGGAAAAAAAUUGGCAAAAAGUGUUUGACAAUGAUGCAGAGUGAGGCAAGAGAGAGGCCAUCAGAGUGCACAGGAUCAUUACCGGACAUUGCUGUCACGAUGGCUUCAGGACAAGAAAUUCACGGAGUAUUCAGCCUAGUCGUGGACGACGUUGAUUCGUCAUCAAUACUCAGCGAACAGCCAGAAUGUGAAGCUCUGUCCACCGAAUGUAGUUCUCAGAAUUCAAACUCACAAACACCAUUGGACAGUCCUGGUGGUCCACGUGAGAGAAUCAAACAGAUUCAAGUUGAAGCUGAAACACGACGUGAUGAGUUUGCUAGACUCCUGGAGGAGCACGCACAGGUCGUAAGGAAAUUGAAGAUAAUGGAGGCCGAGGAGCAGUUGUCAGCAACCAGUGGAAAUGUCGUGCAUCCAACUCACGCGUGAUUAUAGAGUUAUUAAAACCAAAAAAAAAAACAACAAUCAAUGGAAUUCAGAUUAAUGGGACCACAAGUUUGGUCCUGAAGUAUUAAGAAAACAUAAUUUUCAAUGAUUUUAAAUGAUUUCAAAGGACUGAUGUUCAUUGGUUGUUCGUAUUAUUAAAUUCCACGUGAGAUGAUUUUAGUCAAAAAUAUCAUAUCUUUGCCGUUCUGAUGAUCUUGUUCAGUCAUGGAAAAUUCUGUGUCAAGCCAGCCAUUUAAGAUGGUAUGUCUUCAAAAGUCAUCAAAAAAAUUGAGUGUGCGAUUGGAAGUGAAGAAAAUAAUGAUAAUUUUUUCUCGAAAUGACUCGUUCGCUUACACUUUUGCUGGUAAAACUUGACAAAUUGACAUCAAAGUGAAAGCAAUUCGAGAGGAAAAUACAUAGUGCAUUUCUUCUUCCUCUAAAAAAAGGAUAAAUUUUCCAAUUGGCUCAAGUCCCUCAUGCUUCAUUCGAUUGAGAUCAAAUUUGGCUCACACAUAGACUGGGAGAAAAAUUUAAUAAAAUGGAGCGAUUAUUUUUUGACUCAACCACUCGCUCUUGUCUAAUAGUGUCAACAGAAUAAUUUAUUUAUAUAACGACGUAGGUGAGCGAGUUCAGAGGACUGCGUGAUUAAAUUGUAUGCUUCAAUCGUUGAUUCUAAGAACUCCAAACAUGAACCUCAUGCUUCGAUCGUAUGUUGGAUCAAAUCCUCUGAAUGUUUCAUCGAAUUUCAAUAGUUAGUUGAAUGCAUCGCUUUUUGCUGCUCUGAAAAUUUAUUGUAGGCGAUAUCAAUGGAAUCACAUGCAAUAAGAUAUGUUUAAUGGAAUAAUCACUCAUUUUCAACGCGAUAUUUCAUUGUCUACGGUAUAUUGGGGACCCCCUAUGAAAAUGAAGAAUUAAAACGUUUGAACAAUAGAAUUCUAUUUUGAUACGAAAGAAGAUGCUCCAACAAAAUAUAUUUCGUAAAAUCUAAAAUAUUUUUCUCUCAGUGUAGAUUUAAUAUACCCAAGUACAGCUAUGCAAAGAUUUUUCAAAAUAUAAUAAUUUGAGGUGCAUUUCAAUUUGUUCUUCCCUCAUGGUAUAUCUAAAACUUAACAUGUGAUUCGUGAAAUAUUGAUAUGGAUUUACUCUUCUUCAAUCACUAUUUCUUCCUUUUUUCCAAAUUAACAAGAAGGUUUCUAUUAGAAAUUGAAGUACCAAAAAAUUUCUAUUUUUUCCCACGUCAGGAAUUACUUAGCAACAACCUAUUCACAUAUUUCAUGAUUCUCGAGUAUAUCAUGAUGGAAAGAACUCAUCGCAAGAUAUAAACUGAGCAUUAAAAUUUAGAAAAAUCCAAUCGAACCAAAUUUCAACGCACUCGCGAUGCGAAAAAUAAAUCAGUUUUGGUCAGCAGACUAAAAGACUUAACAUAAAUACCGGAAGCCCUAGAUUCACUCCCUAGAAUAAUCUCUGAUUUCUCCCGUUAACAUGUCAAAAUAAUAACGAGCAAUAAAAAAAGAGAAAUAAAACAUGAGAGAUGAACAUUUAGAGAUGGUCAGAUGCAACCGAAUGCAUGUGAACUGCACUACAUUCUAGGUAAAAUAAACAUAUUCGUAACAAUGAACUAGGAAAAACUAUAACAAUAGUGUAUUAAAAACACGACUUAUACAUUAUUCGAUUGAUUUUCUAAUCAAUUACAUUAUCUCCUUAAUACAAAGACAGGUGUCUGUCAUCAACCUCUAAAUUAAACCACCAGCAAAUUCUUUAAAAAAUCUCUAUUUUUUUCCACGCCAGAAAUUACUUCCGAAUUUUCUGGAGCAUCGAAACAUUUGAGUGGUCCAAUUUGACAAAGAAUCGUCAUAUAUUCAGGUGGGACAGUUCAUAAAAAAGUUCAGAAUCAUGUUAUUGUCUAAAUACGGCUUUCCAAUAUGGAUACUAUCAGGAAAAAUCAGAAUCGCAGAGAUAUGAUAAAAAUAUAUCAUCAAAGUCUGACAAUUUUCUCCUGACAUGUGACAAUAAAACAAUAAUAAAACAUUUAAAUACAACACUGUGUAGGCCUAACACUAUUCCCUUGUAAUAAUAACGUAAAAGGAGAAAAUGUGAGCAGAAAUGAGAGAAUUGAAAGCUCAUUGACAAUGUAAUCAUAGAAGUGUGAAGAUUUUCUUAGAGUAACAACCCAGACACAUCUCAUGUACCCUGAGCUCACUGAAAAAUGAGUUUAAAGCCCCUCAAAUGGAAUAACUGAACGAAUAAACAGAAAAUCGCUGAUUUUACGUUAAUGUUCAUAGACUAGUAAUAGGGCUUUGAUUGUACAGUUGAAGUAAAAUAAAUGUAUGAUCACAAAUAGUCGGAUGGCAAUGAAUUUUUCUAGAAAAAUUAUAACAAAAUGUGAAAGACUGUUGAGAGGUGUGAUUGGAUCGUCGAACGGAGACUAUUUUAUUUGUGGUUUCGGUUUAUUUCCACGGUCAGAUUACAAUACCAUGAUAAUAAUAGAUUUAUUAAUAACGGAUACAGUUAAUGUUAUUCGGUGAUCGUAUUAGAAAUAACUAUCGAUUUUGUAAUGGCGAAGAUGAUAAAAAACUUUGUAUAAAGAUGAAUGCUUUUAGGUUGAAUAUAAUUCUCAAAGAAUUAUAUUUAACUUGUUAUAAAUUUACACCAAUUAGAGAUAAUGCACUCAUUGUAAGACGUGAAUUAUAAUAAACAUAAUAGAAUAAUGUACUAGUCUUUAGUAAAUGUACCAUUGGAAAUAUAUAAUGAAUAUAUAUUUUA